GAUUGGAAAGGAAGCCAGAAUAAAAGGGUGGGCAGGGGUUGGCACAAAAUGGCAGGUGAUAGGUACGAUAACGAGCCUGAAUUGGUUUAUUGUAGGUGGACGAUGAUGGAUGGUGUUUUCCUGUGACAGCGUUUAAUGUUGUACUCAAUGGUUAGGAUGGCUUUACCCGUGAUGGACUGGGAUGUAUUAACUAUUUUUUGUAGGAUUUUCCGUUCAAGGGUAACGCUGUUUCCGUACCAGGCUGUGAUGAAACUAGUCGAUAUGCUGUACUCUCCACUACACAUCUAUAGAAACUUCUAGAUGUCAUGCCAAAUCUUCGCAAACUCCCAAGGAAGCAGAGGCGUUGCCGGGCUUUCUUCGUCGUUGCACUUAUGUGCUGGGCCCAGGACAAGUCCUCCGAAAUAACAACACCGAGGAAUUUAAAGUUGUUGACCCUCUCCACCUCCGAGGACUGUCUCAUGAACCUCUGGUUCCCUCCUCCUUAGCAAUAUUCCGGCUUCUGCCCUCUUCCUUUCCAGUCCUUUCGGUCCCAAACGCCGACCGUUCAUUUCCCUCCACAGACAAAUAUUGCCUGACCUGUAGAGUUCCUUCAACAUUUUAUGUCUUUUGCCGCUGUGUGGUUGGUUGAGAGCUGGAGAUAACCUUCCCUCCCACAGGCGAGUGCUAGUCCUCCAUGACGGCCUCCCAUCGGCAGGAGCGCUGUCGCUGCAUCAGACUGUGUUGGCGCUCGCUCUGACAUCAUAAAAAUGCGCCGCCUGGUUGCCCGGUGACGGGAUCGGGACGGAACGGGCAGCGUGGUCAUGGCUCUCUUCCAUAUGAACAGGUACCUGGGUGAUGUUAAACCCAGCACCAGUCUGGAUGACAAAUCCCGAUCCCAAAUUCUACUGCAGAAGCUUCACCAAGAAGCCAAAGCCAGGCAGCAGCUACUGGAAGUCAAGACUGACACCACAGAUGCCGAACAGGAAGAGAACUGGGAAAGUGAAAGGGUGGAAAUUGUGAAGGAGAGGAAAAGGAAAGCAAAGGAAGAAGUGUCAAUUUCAGAAGAAAGUAGGAAGAAAACAAAGCGAUUAUCUCGAGGCAACAAGGAAAGCGGAAGAAAACCAAAAUCCAAUGAAGGCUGUGAUGCAGAGCUUGUAACUGAGACGUUAUGCAAGGAGAAUGUAAAGAUCAGUGGUGGAAUAAAGAGAAAAGGUCACCAUAAGUUUCAUGGCACAAAGGCCACAGAUGAAGUUAUUAAUGAUGAUUCAAGACCAUUGGAUGUAUCUGGAGAACUAACUAAUGUGCAAGGAAAGGAGAAUGAAGAUUUGGAGAAAGCAGAGCAACUCGAAGAAGAAAAUGCUCAAAAUGAGAAUCAGACAUCAACUGUUCCCACAUCCACAAUCACCAUCCUAGGAGGUUUUAUGAGGAAAAAUAUUCAAAAGGUACAGCGUGUUUUACCGCAGUGGCUCUCCAAACCUACAUUGGUCAACAAAGAUAUCAAACAGAAUCUUAUAGGACUUGAGGAUGUUCCAGGAAUCCACCCUAAACUAAUUCAGAAGCUUCAAGCCAAUGGGAUCCAUUCCUUCUUCCCAGUUCAGGCUGAGGUGAUCCCUGCCUUGCUGGAAAGUUCAAAGCAUGGGCUUAUACUGGGCAGAGCAGGCUACAGGCCAAGUGAUAUCUGUGUGUCUGCACCAACUGGUAGUGGCAAGACACUGGCGUUUGUUAUUCCUGUUAUUCAGGCAUUGAUGGGCUGCGCAGUGUGCAGAGUUCGAGCCUUGGCCUUAUUGCCUACUAAAGAACUUGCUCUACAGGUGUUUAAGAUUUUCAGUACCUACGCUGAAGGCAUAGACUUAAGAGUAGUAAUCAUUGCUGGACAAAAACCCUUUGCUGUGGAGCAGUCCUCUCUUGUUGAACAUACAAUUAUGGGUUACCGCAGCUUGGCAGAUAUUGUAAUUUCAACUCCGGGACGUCUGGUUGACCACAUUACCAAAACAGAUGGAUUCAGUCUACAGCAUCUCCGAUACUUGAUCAUUGAUGAAGCUGAUCGAAUGAUUGACAGUAUGCAUCACAAUUGGCUGAACCAGGUGGUGAAGGAAGUAUACAAAGUGGAUGAAUAUUCAGCAUCAGAUGCCCUGUUUCAGAGGGUGGAGCCAGGUGUCUGCACAGCUGUAAGCCACUCCCGCUUGCAGAUGCCUCUGCAGAAGCUGCUGUUCUCUGCUACCCUCACCAAGGAUUCUGAGAAGUUACAACAGUUGGCAUUGCACCAGCCUCGGCUCUUUACUGCCAAUUACACGUCACAGGAGCAGGAACCACAAGUGACCCUGGGCGCGCAACAGCUACCAGUUGACUCUGCGGAAAACAAGUACACCUUGCCUGAGGGAUUGACAGAAUUUUAUGUCCCAUGUUCACUCAACAAGAAGCCACUGACAAUCCUCUACUUCAUCCUGAGAAUGAAGUUCAGUCGAAUCCUGUGCUUUACUAAUUCCAGGAAUGCAUCUCACAGAUUGUUCCUAUUGCUUCGUGCCUUUGGUGGUGUUCACGUGGCAGAGUUUUCUUCCAGACUAUCACCCAACGAAAGACGAAAAACACUGAAACAAUUCGAACAAGGAAAGCUCCAAGUACUGAUCAGCACUGAUGCCACUGCCAGGGGAAUUGAUGUGAGCAAUGUCACAUGUGUGAUUAAUUAUGAUGCUCCACACUUCAUCCGAACGUAUAUCCACAGAGUUGGUCGAACAGCUCGAGCUGGGAACACUGGGCUUGCGUUCACACUCCUUCUAAAAGUGCAGGAGAAACAGUUUCUUCAGAUGCUGAGUGACGCUGGCAGCACCAACCUGAAAAGGCAGCUGGUGAAACCAGAACAAUUGAGGCCCCUCAUCCCGCGCUAUGAGGAGGCUUUACGAGAGCUUCGUCAGAUCCUUAAGGAUGAAAAAAAGAAGAGUCUCUCAAUCUGAAGAAACAAAGUUUAACGAUGUGGUGAACAUCUGAACCUUAGGAAGUCCUGACUGGAAAUUCCUGACAUGGCCUUGUACAAACAUGUGUAUUAUUUAGUUAUUAAUGGUUGGAAACACUUUUACAUGUAAUAAAAUGCUGUAGUGAACAGUCUGUGUUUUGGGACAAUAAAGAGUAUUUGCA